CCGCAGUUUUUUAGGAAGAAAUGAGAUGUUUAGAUAUCUUCUUUAUAUUUCGUGCUUACUUUUAUUACCCAACCUGGUACCCAUCAGUUUCACAGAAGCAGAGGAUCGGGAACUUAGUAUAUCCCGAAAGGAGGCAUCUUCCAGAUCGAGAAUCCAGGACGGCAUGGGACCGACGCAUUAUAAUAGACUGUAUGACGCCUAUCGGGAAAGAUUAAAGGGAGAGGGAGGAGAGCAAACUGAAGACGAAGAAAAAUCGGAUUCGAAAGAUGCACCACUUCAAAGAGAUGUAAUUGCCCUAACUAAAAAAGUAAAUGAACCCAUUUCAAAAGAGAAAGAUUCUAAAGUACUACCCAUUAUCGAUGCAACCGAUGAUCGGCCCAUGCCAUCGAGCAAAUGUCUGGCCCGUCUUCCAUAUCGUAAUAAAGAAAAUCAAAGUGUUAAGGCCAAGGUCGAUGCUAAAAAUCCCUUGGUGAGUAGUAUGAUUUUGCUAAAAUUGGAUGUACCUGAAAAUGUGCUACGAGUUAAAACACCGGAGAAGACACAAGAUCCUGGAGAUCGCAAAAUUUUCGAACUCAAUCGCAUAUACAAGGAUUUCCUGAAAGCCUGGCAACAACCAUCACCAAAGACUGAAGUCCCAGCUAAACCUCUAAGUUCUUCAGGAUCUGUGAGACUGAGUGCAUUGUCCGAUUUGAUGGAUGUCAUCGAGCGCCUCCAACAAAGAGAUUUGGUUAAAGAGUUAGCACAAAAGAUUAGCGAUGAGAUGGAACCCAAUCUGCAGAAACAAAUCAAGCAGGAUGCCCUUCUGGUGACCGAAAGUAGAGCCUCUUUGAGAGCUAUUAAAAAAAAUGAUCUCUCUGGGAUCUUUGAAAAUGUGGAACCCGGAAGCGCUUCUGUAGCUUUCAAAAAAAUGCUAGAUGAUAUCAACUCCAGAAGAUCAAGCAUUAAGGCUGGUGGGCUUUAUGAUGAGUACAAGAAGGGUUUCUGUCAGUUAUUCAGCGAUCAUAAAUUCACUAGGCAGUCGCUGAUAACCAGCGAAGCGGAUUAUCCUUUGGAUAGCGAAUCAAGUCGCAGGGUGAAUGGAGAGGACCUUUUUCCCAGUCAGUCUGAUAAAACAAAAGCAAUUUCUUUUAAAAGUAAUGAACCAGAAAACAAAACCCCAGCCAAGCUCUGUGUUCCAGUGGCAAAUCCCAGCACAAACAAUAACUAUUUGAGGGCUCUGGAAACCUUUAUCAAGUUGAACAAGGAGAGUAACAAGAACGGCGGCUUAAAGCCCUAUUACCUACCAAAUUCUAAAAAUCGUCAGUUGAUUUGGAAUGAUAUUCCCUUGAUUAAGCCAGGCUUAAGUGAAACACCUAAGAAAACCUUAGAGAAUAAGCCAAAAUAUAAACCUUCUAGUACUCCCAUCCAAGAGAAUGUGGUGCCUGAAAAGGAACCCAAUAAAGUACCUAGUUCUAAACCUGCUCUUAAACUGGAAACUAAAGUCUUAGAAUGUGUUCCCAAAGCCGACAAUAAAGUGCUAGCCACAAACCCUUGGCAAGAAGUUUUCUCAGGACUGGAUCCCAAACAAAUCAUCAGCGGAUUGAAGGCCAUCAAGCAAUCGUCCUUCUUCAACUUGGUGGAUGAGUAUCAGAAGCAGAUUGAUAACCUUAAUCAGGCGUUGAAAACAAAGCAAAGUUGGUGGAAGGAGGUUUUGGAGAGGGGCAAGUCUCCUCUCAGGACACCCGAGAAAAGGAAUAUACUAAUGGGUAAUGCCGCUUCUGGACCUCCGCCGCCAGCGCCUUUUCCCGAGGUCCUAGUCAAUCAGGCUACACAACUGGGUGGUAAUAAUGUCAUUGAUAACAUGGCCACUCAAAUGAACCUGUCACCUGUGGAGCUGGCUAAAAGAAUUGUCGGAAAUGGUCAGAAUAGUGCAGUAAAUUCAGGCGAUGGACGAGCUAGACUUGUACAAAAUCUCAUGCAACCAGCAAGUCAGAUCGGAGGUAGUUUCAAGAAAGGACCAGAGGUCUUGUGCCAAGUCCCAUGUCAAUCGAUGGGUCAAUCCUCGCAGCCAUCUCAACAACAACAACAACAACAGCAAGAGGAGCAGUCGGGGAUUUCCCCGGUUCUAGACAAGAUUCUUGAGCGUUUGGAGACCAUUCAGGCAACGAAAUGCAAUAAAUCCGCGGAUGAGGAGGAGGAGAAGAAUCUGCCUUGCUGCUUUGUGGACCCAGCAGAUGGUUCCCCCUGUGACCUGAACGGCUCCUGGGAGUCCCUUGUCCUGGGAGUUCGUAUAAAUAUCAAAUCCCCACCCAUGUCUUCAGAUGGGGAAGUAAAAGAUAGGCCCACCUGUAGUCAACACAAAAGUUCUCGCACCCAUCAUCGUAGAUUCGUGCGACAGUGCGUCAAGAUGAACAAGACCCAGUUAAAGGGUAUAGCCGAAACAAAAACGCCCAAUUUUCAAGGAAUACCGCUGAACAUUAGUGUACAGGAAACAGUACCGCCAAGAGCCCACGAACUUAUCGAUAAUCUAACCGACUGGCACUUUUCCGGCCAUGCCCUCAUGAUCCUCGGCGGACCCCUUUCGCUCUCCUUCCGCAAGGUCAAUUCCAAUCUGAUCGGACACUUUGUGGGAUAUUGCCGCACCUGCGGCUGUGUGGACACCAUUUUUGGCUCCUGGAGCUUCUGUCAGCCGUCGCGGGACUGCCAGGAUAUCUGCAUGUCCAUAGUGGAUAGGCGCGAUAUGUUGCGACGAUAUAGUAUGGAUGAGCGGCGAAAGAAUCGGUUCAAAGAGCAGCUCUACAUGGGCAGCAAGUUCGCCAAAAUGGAAAAAGACCGACUGCUCGCCGAACAGGAAAAGUACCAAAAACUUAAGUCUCAAGCCGCAAGCACUUUGUACGUCAAUAAUACUAGUUCUAAAAGUUAGACUUGAUUUUAAAUUUUGUUCAUUUUAUGUUUUGGUUUAAUACGUAUUUCAAUUAUUUUAUAAAAAGUUAAUGUUAUAGAGAUAUUAUAUUGCCAUUAAUAAAAGUUUGGCCAAUAAAUGUUUAAUAAAAAGAAAGUAGAUAUUUUUGAAAAAAAAUGAGUAUU